AGGAAUGUUAUAUGCAUAAUAUUGAAUGACUUAGAAUACAUUUAGGGUGAUUUCUCUUACUAAUUUACAUUGACACAAAAUAUUAAUACAAAUUUUUCUAGAUCACAAUAAAUAUAAUCACCUCACCUAACAUGGUUGAUGUUUUUACGGCGACGCAUUUCACGCACCAACAUUUUCUCUUCCAGACAAAGCGGUUUUCGGUGUUUCAUAUCCCCAGUUUUCUGCAGACUUUGGUGCUCAGAUUAUCAGGCUGCAGCUGUGGUUUGUUGGUGCUGGAGAUUGAUGCAACCUCCUUCCUAAAGCAGAGGAUAGUAAUUAUAUACUUGAAAAGAUGCCAAAGCACCGCUUCAGGGAAAGAAUAAAGUCCUACUUUGAAAGUCAUAUUGAUCCAGAAAAAGGUGAGGAACUGAAAGGAAAUAAAGCAGAUAUUGAAGACAAAGUUCAGAAGAUCCUAAGCCAUCUAAAAGACGAAGAUGGCAGGGACGGGAAAGAACCACUGAUUGAUUUAGUUAAGGAUUUCCACAGACAUUACCGAUCCCUUUACGAUCGCUAUGAUAGUCUCACAGGACAUCUGAGGAAAAAGGUACAUGGAAAGAAAAACAAGCAAGAAAACACUUCUUCUAGCUCUGAUACUGAUUCAGGUUCCGAUUACUCUCCUAGUGAAAAGGACAGGAGAAAUGGAGAACUUGAAAAUGCUAAUAUAGAAGUUGCUGAAUUGAAGACGAAGUUGACAUCUGCAAUGGAAGAAAAGGAAGUGUUGCAAUUGGAAUACCAGCAAGCUUUGACCAAAUUGCAAGAAGCUGAUAGAACCAUCAUAGAAAUAAACAAUAAUGCUGAAAAACAGGAUACAGAGAUAUUAAAACUUGUUGACGAGAAUGCAGAUCUCAGCUUAAAACUAGAGGAAGCUUACAAACUUGAAGCUGAACUAAACCAGAAGCUAGAGGAAAUAAAUCGAGAGAGAACUGGUAUGAUUUUUGGCAUUGAGGAGGGAAAUAGAGCUAUUGAAGAUUUAAAGACCGUCAACUCUCAGUUAAAGGAUGAGAAAGAAACCUUUCAUCAAGAAUUGAGAGCCUUACGAGGGGAAUUUUCUACACUGCAGCAGAAACUCGACUCCUCGGAAAGAGAAAUAGCUCGGCUAAUUCUGGCACAAAGGGCAGCUGAAGAGGAAAACCACUCUCUUUGCUUGAAAAACAUACAGCUGUCAGAUGCAAUAAAACAAGCUGAAGAAAAGAUUCAUGACCUUGUCACUGAAUCUAACCAGUUAAAGGAGACACUGUCUGAAGCAGAGAAGGAGCAUUCAGCUAACAAGGAGAUGCUGGAGUCUCAACAUAAUGAAGCUUCUAUUCGUCUUAAAGGUUUAGAAACAGAGCUUGAUUUGCUGCGUGCACACAAUAAAGAAAUAGAAAGACAGAAAGAUGAGAUUUUUUUGCUGCUCAAGAGCCAAGAGGACAAGGAGAAUGAUUUGUCAUCUCAAAUAGAUGUUCUGAAAAAUAAGGCCAACACUUUGCAGAUUGAGAAUGAAUCUUUACAUACACAGAAAGCAGGUCUGGAGGAGGAACUGGGGAAGAAAGCUCACGAACUUUCUGAGUUCUCAAUUCAGAUAGGAACUUUAAAGGAGGUGUUGGAAAUUAAAAAUGCAGACUGCCAGAGAAUUGUAGAAGAGAAAGACAAUCAUCUUUCACUGCUGAAGGAUAGAGAAUUGGAGCUCGACUCAAUAAACAAACAAAUAAUUGGACUUGAAGAGCAGCUAAGGGAUAAAAUCCAGGAGAUUGUUGGUUUGCAGAGUGUAAACACUGAGAUGCAAGAUAAAAUCUAUGAGUUAGAAGGAGCAGUAAAAGGCAAAGACAACGAAAUGUCCUCUCUACGCAAGGAAUAUGAAAACAGAGAAAAUGAAUCAUCCUCUCAAAUCAAAGCACUGGCAGAGCAGGUGAGUGGUCUAAAAGAACAGUUGGAUACUUUACGUGCUCAGAAAUGUGAUUCAGAAGCCUUGGUUGAAACGAAGAUUAAAGAAAUUUCGGAAUAUCUUGUUGAGAUUGAAAAUCUUAAAGGGAAUAUAGAGAGUAAAACGGUAGACGUGCGGACGAUGCUAGAAGAAAAGCAAGGUCUGGUGGUAAGGGUAACGGACCUUGAAGAGGAAGUGAGGUCUCGUGGUGAACAGAUUCACAAAUUGGAAGAACGGAUAAGGGAGGAGGAAACUGGUUCUCACAGCAAAGUAACUGAGGUGGAGAAAACACUAAACGAGAAAGAUGUUGAAAUUUUUGCACUACAAAAGAAGCUGGUGGACGUAGAGAAUGAAGAUGCCACCCAAAUUUCUUACCUCACAGAAGAAAUCAACAAAUUAAAAAGGCAGGUGGACUUCUUGCAGGCCGAGAAAUCCAAGUUAGGGGUACAAUUGGAAAGUGGCAAACAAGAAUCUUCGGAACAUUUGGCCCAAUUGGAAAACCAGAGGACUGAAUUAGAACAGAAAAUUGCAGAUCAGGAAGUAAAGAUCAAAGAGCAAGAGGAGGCAUUGGGCAAAUUGUGCGAAGAGAACAAACAACUUGAAAUUGUGCUACAGCAGUGCAAGGCGAGUCUAGAAGUUGCAGAAAUGAAAAUAGGAGACAUGACAGAAGAGUUCCAGAAGAGUGUUGGUUCUAAAGACCAAAAUAUUGAGGAAUUAGUUGGGGAAAUUGAAGAUUUGAAGAGAGAUCUGGAAAUGAAAGGGGAUGAACUUGGCAGUUUGGUGGAGAAUAUGCGCAUGAUUGAAGUUAAGCUCCGCUUAGCCAAUCAAAAGCUUCGGGUGACAGAACAGCUACUCAGUGAAAAGGAAGAAGACCAUAACCAUAAAGCAGAUAAGUUGUUGCAAAACCAAACGGCUCUUGCAGAACAGUGCACAUCGCUGUCAAGAACAUUAACAGCAUACAAAGAAACUCAGCAGAGGAUAAUGGCUGAUGUUUCAGACACCGUGAAUGAGACACUUUCUGGAAUGGACAUGUUUAGCAUGAAGUUUGAGGAAGACUGGGGCCACAUAGAAUCCCGCAUCUAUGAAAUCCUCAAUGAGCUUAAGAUAGCUAAGAACUGGAUCAAGGAGGCUGGCAAUGAGAGGGAGGACCUAAAGAAGGAAAUUGUAAGUCUUUUUCAGCAGCUAAGAGACAAAGAAGAAAGUGAGUCAGUGUUAAAAGGAGAAGUAAGAAAAGUAGAGACGACACUUCACAAAAUUGAAGAGAAGAUGGAAACUCUUCAAGUAAUGGUUGACGAGAAGGAUAGAAGAAUGGGAGAAUUGGAAAGGGCAAUGGAUGAAAAAGAGAAGGGGAUCACGGAGAUUGGCGAGGAGAAGAGAGAGGUGAUACGGCAACUGUGCAUCUGGGUUGACUACCACCGCAGCCGCUAUGAUCAUCUCAAGGAGACACUCUCAAAGAUGAGCGGCGUAAGAAGAAGACAACAUCAACAAAUUGCAGCAGCACAAUGAACAACAAAAUGCAAGUAUAGAUUCUUACCUUUCCUUAGUGUUUUGGUUUGUUUUGUUAUUUGGUUUUCUUUUUCUUGGCAAUUAUUUGGCUGAUAGAACCCUUUUUUCCUUUCAAAUAUGUGUUCAUCUUUUUGUGUGCAUCAUUCUUUUGGCUCUGUAUACUAUUGUAAUUGAGUUGGUU